ACAGCAACAAAGGUGGAAACACAUUCGUGCAGACACGCUACAAAACCCGCAAAUAAGGAAAAAAAUCAAAAUCAGAAGUGUAUUCCAUAUGACUAUAAUAGGGUAGUGUUGGAGACGAUAGAAGGCGAGCCUGAUUCCGAUUACGUUAAUGCAUCCUACGUAGAUAGUAUAUUGAAACCGAACGCUUACAUCGUUACUCAGGGACCUAUGGAGAACACGGUGACCGAAUUCUGGCGGAUGGUCUGGCAAGAGCAAGCUUCUUGCAUCGUUAUGCUCACGAAAACCUUUGACUUUAUCAGGGUGAUGUGUGUACAGUACUGGCCGGCGAAUAAAGAAAAAGACGAGGAAUAUGGGGGUAUCGGCGUUUCCGUAUUAAAAGAAGAAGAACUAGCUAAUUUUCAUAUAAGGACGAUAAGGCUGUACAAAAAGAACGAGAACAAU